CUGCCAGCUCCAGGACUUGAAAUUUUCACAUGGGCAGAGACUGCGCUUUCUCACUUACUCCCCAGGUCCUCUCACCUCUCUCUGACUCCAUCCUGGCUGAGAAGACAGUGAUUGUCCUGGAUGACCGCGUCACCAUCGUGGAGCUGGGCAUGCAGCUGGUGGCUGGCUUGUCCCUCUCCCUGCAGCUUCACAGGGUGGACCAAAGGGUCAUCGUCUCUACAGUGGCUGCCCAGGAUGUCCUCCAGGCCUCAGAGCAGGAAGCCAUAGUCAGUUCUUGGAUUUUGUUCAGUGAUGGCUCCGUGACACCUUUAAACAUUUAUGAUCCCAAGGAUGUUUCCAUAACUAUCUCAUCAUUAGAUAAAAUGGUGGUGUCUGUCCAGCCAAACUUGCAGUCCCAGUGGCCGGUUGUGGUUGCAGAGUGCGAAGGACAAGGGCCCCUGAUAAAGUUGGAGAUGAUGAUCAGAGAGCCUUUCCAGAAGACCAAGAGGAAGAGUGUUCUUGUGGGUAAAGAAAGUGUCAAGGUCUGGUUUGCACCAGGGAUCAAGGAGGAGCACCGAGAAGGUAGCAAUGACAUUGAGGGUGUGAACCGGGGAUACAAAGAUCACCACAACUCCAUAGAGUGGGAAGGGAGCCAGGAGCGAGCAGUCCAGGAGUGGCUCCAGCGUGGGAGCCCUCCUGGCCCAGAGGACAGGACCAACAGGAGCACAACCCUGCCACUGCCUGGGGAGGGGAAGGACAAGAAGCUACUCAAGAGUGGUGGUGCAGAUGCCUUCACCAGCUUCCCCACCCAGGGGAAGUUUCUAGAAUCUAGUAACCCUAGUGACCUUACAGUCGCCUCCAGGGGCUUGAUGGACUUGGAGAUUGGCAUGUACGCCCUGCUCUGCGUCUUCUGCCUUGCCAUCCUUGACUUCCUGAUCAACUGCGUGGCAUUUUCCUGGAAGUACAGACACAAAAGACUUGCGGUGAGCGAGCAGGGCAACAUCCUCCACUCCCACGACUGGGUCUGGCUUGGGAACAAGGUGGAGCUUUUGGAGAACCCAGUGGACAUCACGCUCCCCUCGGAGGAGUGCACGACCAUGAUAGACAGGGGGCUGCAGUUCGAGGAGAGGAACUUCCUGCUGAAUGGAGGUUCCCAGAAGCCCUUCCACAGUCAGUUGCUCAGACCUUCUGACUAUGUCUAUGAGAAAGAGAUGAAAAAUGAACCUGUAAACUCUUCUGGCCCGAAGAGGAAGAGGGUCAGGUUUACUUCCUACACCACCAUUCUUCCUGAGGAUGGGGGCCCGUACACCAACUCCAUCCUGUUUGACAGUGAUGACAACAUCAAGUGGGUCUGCCAGGACAUGGGGCUGGGGGACUCACAGGACUUCAGAGACUAUAUGGAAAGACUGCAGGACCAGAUGUAAACU